UCCACUUCGACUUCGGCAGCGUCGCUCUGACUCUCACAGCCUCCACCCAACAUCGCUUAAAGGAGACGCAGCGAACAAAAAGAAGCUCUAAAGUCAAGAGCUGAGAGCCACGAGCAUGUUGGUGAUAUAUGUUGUCAACACAAAAAACGGGACAAAACGUCUGAUUCGGACCCUUUUUGCCAUCGCAUUUGAUUCCAGCCGGCGGUGUUUUGGCACAACACCGGAAGUGAGUCGUCCUCGCUCUCAUUCAUUCCACAAACACAGAGCAGUUAUGGCUGGAGUCAUUUAUUUUUUGAAGGUGUUUUAAGUUAACCUGCUGAGUCCGACACACACAUGGCUACCAAACGCAAAGUAGAGGUGGUUGUUCCCGCCGAGGAGAGCGACCAGCUCAUCAUCCGUCCGUUGGGUGCUGGUCAGGAGGUCGGGAGGUCAUGUAUCAUCCUGGAGUUCAAAGGAAGGAAAAUUAUGCUGGACUGUGGAAUCCACCCCGGCUUGGAGGGAAUGGACGCUCUCCCCUACAUAGACUUGAUCGAUCCAGCGGAGAUAGACCUGCUGCUCAUCAGCCAUUUCCACCUGGAUCACUGUGGAGCUCUGCCAUGGUUCCUCCAGAAAACCAGCUUUAAAGGCAGGACAUUCAUGACUCACGCCACCAAGGCCAUCUACCGCUGGCUGCUGUCGGACUACGUCAAAGUCAGCAACAUUUCUGCAGAUGACAUGCUGUACACAGAGACAGACCUGGAGGAGAGCAUGGACAAGAUUGAGACCAUCAACUUCCACGAGGUCAAAGAGGUCGCUGGAAUCAAGUUCUGGUGUUACCACGCUGGUCAUGUGCUGGGAGCUGCCAUGUUCAUGAUCGAAAUAGCUGGAGUCAAGCUGCUGUACACUGGAGACUUCUCCCGACAAGAAGACAGGCAUCUGAUGGCAGCUGAGAUUCCCAGUGUCAAACCCGACAUCUUAAUCAUAGAGUCAACUUAUGGCACCCACAUCCAUGAAAAGAGGGAGGAGCGUGAAGCUCGGUUCUGCAACACAGUCCACGAUAUUGUCAACAGAGAGGGUCGCUGCUUAAUCCCUGUAUUUGCCUUGGGACGAGCUCAAGAGCUGCUGCUCAUCCUGGAUGAGUAUUGGCAGAACCACCCGGAACUCCACGACAUUCCCAUCUACUACGCCUCCUCCUUGGCCAAAAAGUGCAUGGCCGUGUACCAGACCUAUGUCAACGCAAUGAACGAUAAGAUCCGCAAGGCCAUAAACAUCAACAACCCCUUUGUCUUCAAACACAUCAGCAACCUCAAGAGUAUGGAUCAUUUUGAUGACAUCGGUCCCAGCGUGGUGAUGGCAUCUCCAGGCAUGAUGCAGAGCGGGCUGUCCAGAGAGCUCUUUGAGAGCUGGUGCACUGACAAGAGAAACGGAGUCAUCAUCGCUGGAUACUGUGUGGAGGGAACACUGGCCAAGCACAUCAUGUCUGAGCCGGAGGAGAUCACCACCAUGUCGGGACAGAAGCUGCAACUGAAGAUGUCAGUGGACUACAUCUCCUUCUCCGCUCACACAGACUACCAGCAGACCAGCGAGUUCAUCAGAGCGCUCAAGCCCCCACACGUGAUCCUGGUCCACGGGGAGCAGAAUGAGAUGGCCCGUCUGAAGGCUGCACUGAUCCGGGAGUAUGAGGAUAAUGACCAGGUUCACAUCGAAGUUCACAACCCUCGCAACACAGAAGCUGUCACCCUCAACUUCAGAGGAGAGAAACUGGCCAAGGUGAUGGGUUCUCUUGCUGAUAAGAAGUGUGCCCAGGGUCAGAGGGUGUCGGGCAUACUGGUGAAGAAGAACUUCAACUACCACAUCCUCAACCCCUCUGACCUAUCCACUUACACAGAGCUGUCAAUGAGCACAGUGAAACAGACCCAGGCCAUCCCCUUCACUGGACCUUACUCACUGCUCGUCUGCCAUCUGAGGAACCUCACGGGCGAUGUGGAAGAGCUGGAAGGAACCGAGAAGCACACCUUGAAGCUCUUUAAAAAUAUCGUUCUGACCCACGAGGUCGGCAUGGUGCUGCUGGAGUGGAUAGCGAACCCUCUGAAUGACAUGUAUGCCGACGCUGUCACCACUGUAGUGCUGGAAGUUCAGUCGAACCCGAAGGCUCAGAAAGUCAUGGAGACCCAGAGUGUUGUUAUAGACCUGGACAUCUAUCAAACCCGACUGGCGGUCAUGCUGCAGGACAUGUUUGGAGAGGAAUGCGUGGAUUUCAGCAAUGGCAAAAACAUCUCUGUGACAGUCGACGGGAUGACGGUUCACAUUUGCUUGGAAACGAGGUCGGUGUGCUCCGAGGAUGACAGCACAGAGGACGACUCUCUCAGGGAGAUGGUGGAGCUGGCGGUGCAGCGGCUCUAUGACGCCCUCAACCCGGCCGUGUGAGAACGGAGUCUAGGUACGUGUCUGCAGACCAGUCCAGAACCAGGUAGACUCAGCCUCAGUUAUCACAGACACAAAAAAGAAAAUAUGCUUCUACGAAUGUUGUGCAGGAAACUUAACAAGCUGCUUGUAUUUGUCUGCUAAACACUAAAUAACGUGUGGUCAUAUGGUUCGUCUGUCUCAUAGAUUAGUCUGACGUCCGUGUUUCUACACUAUCAGGAACCAUAGAGUUUUUCAAUAAAACGAAAUUGAGUACAAUGCAGCUGAUUGGUCUUUAUACCUUUGUUUGAAUCUAUGGAUUCAGGUCAUUGUGUGGUGUUAUUUAAAGCUUCAGCAGCCAUUCUCAUUCCCACCUUGUGAAUUCAAUCUGAAAAGACUAGAUUGGCCUUUUACUACUUAUGGGAACAUUAAGGAGCAGUUAUGACAUGUAACCAUAGAGCCAACCCUGUAAGAGAAGGGAAAAAUAAGCUACUGUAUGCUGAGAGACUUUCAUAUAUAGCGAUUUUAGUUUUUGUUGUCAUGCAAGCACUUUUAUUUAUGAUGUAUUUAUUAGUAAGACAACUGUAUUUGGAUGUUAAUGCACUGUGGCUUUUGUUUGAUGUGAGUUUGUGACUGGUGUUACUGAUAUUACUGUGUACUUUGUUCACUUUUAACUAUGAUGGAAAAUGUGAAUUUCUUAAUGCACCAAAUCUGUGUUAAUUGUCUAAUAUUUAAACAGAAUUCAACUGUUUUACACAA